ACAUUGGAAUUCAGAAGAACCAAGAGUGAAGCUGGAAUUGAGACUACUGGAAAUUGGAGACCUCCCCCAGGACAUCUGGUGCUCAAUACAGUCAUUACAGAAGGAGUGCCUCUGGUUAUCCCUUAGCCAGGAAGUUGAUUGACUGUUCAUCAAAGGCUACAGGAGCCACAGAACCUGCUUAGUCAAAAGAGUGAUAAGCAAUGAGUUCCAAACAGCAAUGUGUGAAACUAAACGAUGGCCACUUCAUCCCUGCACUGGGCUUUGGCACCUACAAACCAGAAGAGGUUCCUGAAAAUAAGCCACUGGAGGCUAUCCAUUUAGCAAUAGAAGCUGGGUUCCGCCAUAUUGAUACUGCUUUUGUGUACCAAACUGAAAGCCAUGUAGGUCAGGCUAUUCGAAGUAAGAUUGCAGCUGGCCUUGUGAAAAGAGAAGACAUAUUCCUCACUACAAAGCUUUGGUGCACUUUCCAUAGACCAGAGCUGGUUCAAUCUAACUUGGAAAAAUCAUUGAAAAACCUUCAGCUGGAUUAUGUUGACCUCUAUAUUAUACAUUAUCCAAUGCAAAUGAAGCCAGGGGAAGAUUUGUUUCCAGUAGAUGAGCAUGGGAAAACAUUAUUUGACACAGUGGAUAUCUGUGCCACAUGGGAGGCCAUGGAGAAGUGUAAGGAUGCAGGAUUGGUCAAGUCUAUUGGGGUGUCCAACUUUAAUAGCAGGCAGCUGGAGAAAAUUCUGAAUAAGCCUGGGCUCAAAUACAAGCCUGUCUGCAACCAGGUGGAAUGCCAUCUCUACUUGAACCAGAGCAAGCUGUUGAACUACUGCAAGUCAAAGGACAUUGCUCUAGUUGCCUACUGUGCUCUUGGAUCUCAACGACCUAAGCGAUGGGUAGACCCAAACUCUCCAGUUCUCUUGAAUGACUCAGUUCUUUGUGACAUGGCAAAAAAGCACAAGCGAAGCCCAGCUCAGAUUGCCCUUCGCUACCAACUUCAACGUGGAAUUGUGGUUCUUGCCCAGAGUUACAAAGAGAAUGAGAUAAAAGAGAACAUACAGGUAUUUGAAUUUGAGCUACCAUCAGAGGAUAUGAAAAUCCUAGAUAGCCUGAACAGAAAUUUAAGAUAUGCACCUGCUCCAUUUGGAGAGGGACACCCAGAAUACCCCUUUUCUGAUGAAUUUUAAUGUGGAGACCUGUAUCAUGACUUCAACACACAGUCUCAAAGUUCUUCUAUAUGGAAAGUGAUGUAUGUGACAUCCCAGCUGCUGCUGAUUCAACAUAUGCCACUUCUGCUCAGUCUGAGCUUCCUGACAGGCCUCCUUCUUCAUGUAGAGCUGCAUCCACCAGUCCAGAACAUGACAUUACAUUUUCAUUAUUCUUUGAAAUUGUUGUAAUGCUUGUAAUAAAGGUCUUUCUUUGGUCAG